AUGCUCUCCAUAAUUCUUUUCAUAAUCCUAAUUUUUACAAUAGCGAAAAACUCUUUUGCAGUUCAAUGUAAUACAAAUCCUUGUCAACUAGGUGGUUAUUUCACACCACCUAAGUAUAACUGUAUUCAAUUAUUAAAUGAACCUAAUGUUAUUUGUACAUGUCCUAAUGGACAAGGACGAAAAAAUGUUCCAUGUCGUGUUUGUGAUAAUGUUCAAUGUGGUUCAAAUGGAGUUUGUAUUGAAGCAGAAUUGUUCCAAAGUUCAUUUUAUGCUUGUGCAUGUACGAGUGGUACAUAUAAUUAUGUUGUUCCAGAGCCAUGCUCAGGUGUUAUUCUACCAACAACUAUAACAACAACUCCAACUCCAACUCCAACAACAACUUCAACUUCAACUGUUGCUUCUACUUUAUUGCCUAUCCAAUGUCAUAAUGGUAGUGUUUAUAAUGUCGCAACAGCUACAUGUAUUUGUCAACCUGGUUUCACAGGACUCCAAUGUGGAACCUCGAUUGGUCAAGAACUUUGCCGAAAAAUAACUUGUGUUAAUGGUGGUGUUUGUAAUCCUGUGCCUACAGCUAAUAAUGGAAUUGAAGCACAAUGUUGGUGUUUAAAUGGUUUUUCUGGUAUACCAGGUACAUGCCAAUUUAAUCUUUGCCAAAAUGGUGGUGUAUGUGAAGAGCGAAGACUUGGUGCUUCAAUCUUUGCUUAUUGUCAAUGUCCGCCUGGUUUCAGUGGACGAUAUUGUGAAAGACAUUAUUUUACAUGUUCUCAUUCGGGUUUAUUUGACGAUUUGGUUAAUUGUAAAUUCGGUCGAUAUUUCCAGUGUGUCAAUACAGUUGCCAUAAUGCGUUCAUGUACACAAGGUUUUCGAUUUAAUUCAAUGAGGAUGCAAUGCGAUGAGAAUGGUUCUUGUCCAUCAUAA